CGAGACAAUUCUAUCCGCCAUUGUGUAAUUAGCUCAUGUAGCUUAAUAGUUCUGGAAACGAUACACUUUAUCGGGUUUGGUGUGCAUUAUACACUACGAAUUUGGAAAACUGGAUAUAAAAAUUAACUAAAACAGUUAAGUUAAGGAGAGAUGUCACACUCAUCUCGAAGUUCCUCCCGGAACCUGGAUUGUAAGGUGUAUGUGGGAGAUUUGGGAAGUGGAGCGGCAAAAGGUGAACUAGAGAGAGCUUUUGGCUACUAUGGCACUUUGCGCAGUGUUUGGGUGGCCAGAAACCCUCCGGGCUUUGCUUUCGUGGAGUAUGAAGAUCCCCGGGAUGCGGAGGAUGCAGUGAGAGGAAUGGAUGGAAAGCUUUUGUGUGGAUCUCGGAUCCGAGUGGAGCUGUCAACAGGCAUGUCUAGUAAGAGCCGGUACGGUCGAGCCAGCCGCCGUCCGUUUGACCCAAACGAUCGAUGCUAUCAGUGUGGAGACCGGGGCCACUACGCUUACGACUGCUACCGCUAUAGUAAGCGAGGACAUCACAGCAGAUCCCGUUCUCGGUCUCGUUCUAGAUCUAGAAAUCGUCGCUAUCACUCACGCUCUCGCUCUCGAAGCCGCAGUGAUAACCGGAGGCGUAAUUCUCCAUCUUAUUCAAAACGCAGGAGCAGGUCUAGCACUCCAGCUCGAUCAAAAUCUAGGACUCCUGUUCGGAGUCGUUCUCGGUCUCGUUCUGGAUCUGUCUCACGCUCCCGAUCUCGCUCCCGCCCUCGUUCCCGGUCCCGCUCAGGCAGUACUAAGAGGCGCAGCCACUCUAGGUCACGCAGCCGAAACAAAAGUCCAACCUCCCCAGGUGGUGAUCGAGCAGAGAAGGACACAUAAACCCAAAUAACUUUGCAUUGCUGUUUUUAUUUUCUUUACUGUCUUUACAUUGUUUACACAAUGUUUGCUUUUUCUUGUCUGUCCACAUAUCUUUCAAAUUAUAUUUACCAAGAAUGAUCUGGUAAUUAGUGUGAAUUUUGCAGUUGUAAUGAUUAGAAGAAAAUAGUGGGUUUAAAGACUAGUGAUCCCUCCUCUGUUCUCUUGUAGGUUUACACUGGAAUAAAAUAAAAAGAAUAAAUAACUAAAAUAGCAUGACAUAUACGUAUGUUUGUACUUAACAGUGAGAGCAGAAGAUGUAGAUUAAUCUUGUAAACGUUUGGCGACUCGAUUUAAAAGUAGUCUGUUUAUGAUCGAUUAACCAUAUUUAAAUCUCUGUACACAGUCCUUAAAUCCCUAUGCAAACACACUCGGUAGGUUCUAAGUUUUGAAGAUUUGCUUCACUUAAAAACACAGAAGGUCUGCAUUCAGAUAAAUAUUCCAUAAAUAUGCCAAACAAACGAAUGAUUUAAAACAUUAUCAAGUGAGAUAAUGUAAAUGAUUAUAUUUCUUUUGCUGAAGUCUAGUUGUAAAGCUUUAUUUAGUGAAGCUUACGGUGUUUGGGUUUUUUUCCAGCCAUAUGUGAACAAGUGUAGUCACAUAUAAAGUUUCAUUUAAUGUACAUUUUGGCAUAAUUUAAAUAAACACCUUUUGUUAAAACCA